AGGCCCCAUGAUUCUUUACACAAAGCGCACGAUCCUAUGAAAGCUCUUGACCCAGAGCAACUUAAGAAGUUCUUGGAACGCAAUGCUUUACUAAAUCCAAUGGGCAGAAAUGCAGCUAGCGAUGCAAGAUGCGAUCCCACUUUUAUGCUAGGGCAACAUGGCGCACUAGGAGGGCCCAAUAUGAAUCAUUCUUCUAGUUUAUCCGCGGCAUCGAUAGCCUCUAAUAUCCAGGCUGCUAAUCCUAACCUUACUUCUUCUCUUCUCAGAGGCGGUCCUCAAUUAGCGAAUUCUUUGUCUUUUCUUCGUCUUGCAACACCGCUUCCAAAUAUGAGCCGACCUAAUCAGAUGCCUUCUUCAAUGGUCAAUGCCUCCCCUCUGACAUCUCCCUUGGCUCUACUCGAAACUAUGCAACCGUUUGAUAUUCGAGGCGAUAGGAGAAGUCCCAGUCCAUGGCACCUGCCCGAAGUAUCCAAGCGCCAUCUGGCGUCGCCUUCCAGCAUCACCAGCACCGGUUCGAUGCAGGGCCAACCUAGCCCUCCAGUUCCUAAUUCUUCGUAUGCGUCGUCACAGAUGUCCUCGCGAAACGAUAUAUCAGUCGAGCAUUUUAGUGACGAUGAUGAUGACGAAAAAUCAUUAGCUUUAAAUCUUUCUACUACUUCUCCCGGUUCUACUCCAGCGUCUACGUCUCUGCCAUUACCUGCCCAAAAUAGCUGCAACGGUCCUCCUACUCCUAAGCGGUCAUGGAAUUCCAUGAAUAUGGGCUCUACUUUCAUUAAUCCUGUGACAGGCAAGAAGAGAGUGCAGUGCAACGUUUGUAUGAAAACAUACUGCGAUAAUGGUGCUAUGAAGAUCCACUUUUCUGCUGUUCAUCUUCGAGAAAUGCAUCAGUGUACUGUCGGCGGAUGUAACAUGAUGUUUAGUACUUGAAGAUCUCGCAAUCGUCAUUCAGCUAAUCCAAAUCCAAAAUUACACACCCCGCAAGUUAGGAGAAAAAUUUCUCCUCACGACGGCAGGAGUUCGGGCUCUCACCCAGCAAUAUCGCUGAGAUCCCCCAUGCCAGCACAGCUGCAAGAUCUACAUCCCCAAGCCGCGUUCCCUCCACUGUCCACGUUUCCCGGCCAGUUUGGGGGCCUAGACGCUCUACCGAACCUUCCGUUCUUACCUUCAGGAAAUCCUCAGGAGCUCGCAAAGCAGUUCGAGAUGCACCAUCAUGGCUUUGAUCUGCAAAAGGAAGCUUGGAAGUAUGGACAAAUGUCUUCUUAUCCAGACGAUUCAUCUAUGAUGAUGGAUCCGAAAAAUCAUUUUGAUCACGCCGAGAAGAAA